GGGCCGCAGGGCGCGAGAGGCAGGCUGGGAAGAGGCGCCAUAUUGGCGUUGGCCGCGCCGUAUUGUCAUAAAUAGAGCCGGUUUUGUGGUGUUUUCACUACUCGGUUGGAUGCCUCAGUCAUAGUAAGUGGGGGAGUGAGCGAACCAGUGAGCUACAACAAGCGACCAGAGGAAAACAGAGAGGGAGAAGGGAAGAGCGGGAACAGGAAAGACUUCAGAGUGAAAGACACUCGCCAGGAGGGAGGCGCAGGAAGCGAUGAAAGAGAUGUCUGCAAACACCAUGCUGGACAGCCAGCGUCAACAAAAACAUUAUGGAAUUACCUCUCCAAUUAGUUUGGCGUGUCCUAAAGAAAUUGAUCAUAUUUACACACAGAAAUUAAUUGAUGCCAUGAAACCUUUUGGAGUGUUUGAAGAUGAAGAAGAAUUGAAUCACAGGCUGGUUGUUCUUGGCAAAUUGAACAAUUUAGUAAAAGAAUGGAUUUCUGAUGUCAGUGAGAGCAAGAAUCUUCCUCCUUCUGUUGUGGCUACUGUUGGUGGUAAAAUUUUUACAUUUGGAUCAUAUAGGCUUGGCGUACACACCAAAGGAGCUGACAUUGAUGCACUUUGUGUGGCUCCACGACAUGUAGAGAGAUCUGACUUUUUUCAGUCUUUCUUUGAAAAAUUGAAACACCAGGAUGGCAUUAGAAACUUAAGAGCUGUCGAAGAUGCUUUUGUACCUGUUAUAAAAUUUGAGUUCGAUGGCAUUGAGAUUGAUCUAGUCUUUGCAAGACUGGCAAUACAAACCAUAUCAGAUAAUUUAGAUCUAAGAGAUGACUCUCGCCUGAGAAGCCUUGAUAUAAGAUGUAUUCGCAGUCUAAAUGGAUGUAGAGUUACUGAUGAAAUUUUGCAUUUAGUGCCAAAUAAAGAAACUUUUAGACUCACCCUAAGAGCAGUCAAAUUAUGGGCAAAACGACGUGGUAUUUAUUCCAACAUGCUGGGAUUCCUUGGUGGUGUCUCCUGGGCAAUGCUAGUUGCAAGAACUUGCCAGCUAUAUCCAAAUGCAGCAGCUUCUACUUUAGUUCAUAAGUUUUUCUUAGUUUUUUCCAAGUGGGAAUGGCCAAAUCCUGUGCUGUUGAAGCAACCAGAAGAAAGCAAUUUGAAUUUGCCUGUCUGGGAUCCCCGGGUAAAUCCAUCAGAUAGGUAUCACCUCAUGCCUAUAAUCACCCCUGCCUACCCACAGCAGAAUUCUACAUAUAAUGUGUCCACAUCAACUCGAACAGUAAUGGUAGAAGAAUUUAAACAAGGUCUUGCAGUUACAGAUGAAAUUCUUCAAGGGAAAUCAGAUUGGUCCAAGCUACUUGAGCCACCAAAUUUCUUUCAAAAGUACAGACAUUAUAUAGUAUUGACUGCCAGUGCAUCAACAGAAGAAAACCAUCUAGAGUGGGUUGGAUUGGUAGAAUCUAAAAUCCGUGUACUUGUUGGAAAUUUAGAACGGAAUGAAUUUAUUACUCUUGCCCAUGUGAAUCCCCAGUCAUUCCCAGGAAAUAAAGAACAUCAUAAAGACAACAAUUAUGUAUCAAUGUGGUUCCUUGGGAUAAUUUUUCGGAGAGUAGAAAAUGCAGAAAGUGUUAAUAUAGACUUGACCUAUGAUAUACAGUCAUUUACUGAUACAGUGUACAGACAAGCAAACAAUAUAAACAUGCUGAAGGAGGGAAUGAAAAUUGAAGCAACUCAUGUAAAGAAAAAACAACUUCAUCAGUACCUUCCAGCAGAGAUUCUUCAGAAGAAGAAAAAGCAAAGUCUCUCUGAUGUCAGUCGAAGUUCAGGUGGACUUCAAUCCAAAAGAUCAUCUCUAGAUAGCAAUUGUCUGGACAGCUCCAGAGACACAGACAGUGGAACUCCUUUUAAUUCUCCACUAUCUACAAACAAACCUUCUAAGCCUGAAAGUCCUCGUACAGGAGAAACAGAAAGGAGUAGUGCUGAGCCUGCUGCUGUAAUUGCAGAGAAGCCACUGAGUGUCCCACCAGCUCAAGGACUAUCUAUUCCAGUAAUUGGUGCAAAGGUUGACUCUACAGUAAAAGCUGUAUCACCCCCAGCUGUCUGCACCAUUCCUACUGUAGUGGGGCGAAAUGUCAUUCCUAGAAUAACAACACCCCACAACCCUGCCCAGGGACAACCGCAUCUAAAUGGAAUAUCGAAUAUGACCAAGAAUGUUACAACAAAAAGAUCCCAUUCCCCAUCCAUAGAUGGGACACCUAAAAGGUUGAAAGACAUAGAAAAGUUUAUUCGACUUGAGUCAGCAUUUAAGGACUCCCGCAAUGAAGACAGAAAAAGAAAAACAAUGGAUGCUGUUGGAGAAUCUAUGCCUAUUCCAACUAUUGAUACGUCACGCAAAAAGAGACUGCCUAGUAAAGAACUACCAGAUUCAUCUUCUCCAGUUCCAGCAAACAACAUUCGUGUCAUCAAAAAUUCCAUUCGACUGACCCUUAAUCGGUAAAAGCAGUGCCUCCUCACUUACGUGAACAUGCAAUCAUAUCGUGGCACAGAUGCAGCCACUCUUUUCAAAAUAGAAGUGGCUGUCAUACAUAAAAUAGGUGAAAGUUACAGUCAUCAGCCUAACAACCUUGAAGUGGUUUUCGAACUCUCACACUUUGACCUGCAGAUGCUGUAGCAUUCGCUUACUGAUUGCUACAUACACUCUGAGGAUCACCUGCUAUCAAAUUUUCAUCUACAGUAUUAUGGCUUUGCAUUUGGAGGUUUUACUGCCUUAACUUUAGGUGUUUUAUUUCUCUAUUAUGGGAACCGGUUCUUAGCCACUUGGACACUGACAGAACAAGUCUUGAACUUUUUUUGUGUAUGUGUGUUAAAGUCUUAUGUUGUAAUUAUCAUUGUAUAGAGUUGAAAAAGUUGAAAAAAAAUUUGUCAUGUAAUUUUUCAAAUGUUAAUGUAUUUACUUUAGCAUCAAAGUCACUUUGUAAAACCUGAGAUAAAUGAAUGUGAGAUAUCUUUUCUGCUUUUUUUUAUGUGUGUGUAGAUGUACUGUCAGUUCUGUUGAUUUAAAUUAUUUUUUUCCAGAUUGGCACAUGGAAUAUUUAAACUUUUGGUUUUUGUGCCUUUCUGUCCAAAUGUUGCAUAGCUACCAGGGAGGAUUAGUCCGGUGAUUACAUAAGAGUUGGCACCAUAAAUUCUCUAUAUUUUGCCUCCCAUGGAGGCCUUUGAAAUGCAUCUUUAUUAAAAAGUCAAAAUAUAACCAGGAUACUGAAAGUCAGUAUAUGAAUGGUGAAAUUAUUACAUAUCCUACUAUCUCAUGCCAUUCUUGUUAGUUGACUGGUAUUUUUUUACUGAGGAAUAACUCAUUCCACCAUCAACAAUAAGAUACCUUUAAGUAUGGGCAAACUUGUACUUUUGAGGUGUAAAAUUAACUUGGCAUGAUAAUCCCUGACCAUUACCCCACAACUUCAAACAGUUUCUUCAUGGACUAGGCAUGCAGAAAUAGCAGUGGAUUUUAUUAAAACCUAAAGGCAUUUUUGAAUGACAUUGUUACCAACCAUUAAUUGGCUCAGGACCUUUGUAAUUUUUAUUUAACAGUAUGAGUUGUCUUUUUUUACACUGCUUUUUUCAAUGCAUUUCUUAAUAUUUUUUAAGUUUCAUGAACGCAUGCUGAGUUUAUUAAAAUCCAUAACCAUGUAAUUCUUGUAAUAUGUUGAUUCAGUGUUUUGUAAAUGAAGUCGUAUGUAUUUUCAGAGUAUUUUUGUAUGUACUAUAAGAUACCAUCUUUUCAAAGAGAAACCUUUAAAACCUU